AUGCCUCUCCUUCCAGUCGCUAUGUACGGCCUCGAGGUCCCAGCAGGAGAUAUUCUCAUCCCUGCUGUUCCAGAUUUCCCAGCUACCUUCCGCAUUACCAUGGCAGCAAUUGACCCCACUGAACCUGCCGAUGAUGCUGAAGGUGUCAAGCCUAGAUCAACCUUAAAGGUCAUUCGUCAAUCGAGUGCUGAGGAUGAAGAAGAAGACAGUGAAGAUGAUGAUGAAGGUUCGGAUGAUUUAUUACGUGCUUUGUUGGCAGAUAAUGACUCUGGAUCAGAUGAGGAUAGCGAGGACGACGAAGAAGCCAACGGAGGACCAAGCGACCCCUCCAAGUCCAAGAAAGCCCAAAAGCAAGCUGCUCUUAAGGAACUUCUUGCUUCCAUCGGCAAAGACGACUCCGACGAAGAAAUGGAGGACGCUUCCGACAAGAAGAAGGUCGCCAAGAAAGGAAAGGCAAAGGCCACCGCCGAGGUCGAGGAGGAGAGCGACGAAGAGAGUGAGGAUGGUGAGGGUGUUGAGGUUGAGGAAUAUGUUCUCUGCACUCUUGACCCAGAAAAUCACUAUCAACAACCUCUCGACAUCACCAUUGGCGAGGACGAGACCGUUUUCUUCAAGGUCACUGGUACCCACACAAUCUACCUCACUGGUAACUACGUGAUCCCAGAUGAUAACGGACACAACCACCACCACGAGGUUUACGACUCUGAUGAGGAAGACGAUGAGGACUAUGACCUCUCUCCAGAUGAGGAUGAACUCGAACUCGAGAUGGACUCGGAUGAGAGCGAUGAACUCGAUGGUGCCCGCAUUACCGAGGUCGAGUCCGAGGACGAGGAAGCCCCAAAACUUGUCAAGGCCGACAAGAAGGGCAAGAACAAGCGCUCUGCCGAUGAAAUCGAGGAGGCCGCAUCCCUCGAUUCAAUUAUGGCCAAGGCUGCUGACUCUGAGGAGCCAAAGCUUAGCAAGAAGCAACAAAAGAAGUUGAAGAAGAACAAUGGCGAGGCUGCCCCAGCCAAGGCAGAAGAGGUCAAGAAGGAUGCCGCUAAGGAUGAGAAGAAGGUUCAAUUCGCUAAGAAUCUCGAGCAAGGACCAACUGGAUCUGCCGCAGCUAAGGUAGACCCCAAGAAACCUGCAUUGGGCGUCAAGACUGUCGACGGAGUAAAGAUCGAUGACAAGAAGCUUGGUUCCGGACCAGUUGCCAAGAAGGGUAACAGAGUUGGCAUGCGUUACAUCGGAAAGUUCACUGAUGGCAAAGUCUUUGACUCAAACAAGAAGGGCAAGCCUUUCUCUUUCAAGCUCGGUGCCGGCGAGGUCAUCAAGGGCUGGGACAUCGGUGUUGCUGGUAUGUCAGUCGGCGGAGAGCGUAGAUUGACAAUUCCAGCACACCUUGCAUACGGCAGCAAGGGUGUCCCUGGUAUCCCAGGUAACUCCACCUUGACUUUCGAUGUCAAGCUCCUUGAGAUCAAGUAAACGCCAUCGUCAUUUGUAUAAGAAAGUCUCAAUCGGUUCAGAAGUGUGUUCUGGAAUGAUUCGAGGCUGAUGGUCACUUUGAUUUUCAUAUUUAUUGUACAAUUUUCUCUUUACUUUCAUGUAUCUCCUUGCUGUUUGCGAUUUCAUGAUAUUUUCAUGAUAUGUCAAUCAGCGAUGUAAUGUUUUUGCAUAAGUCUCCGACCUGAGCAGUUCUCUGUUUAAACAGGAAGUAGACUACGCAAAAUGGGAUGAUGAGAUUUGCAUAGCACUACAGGCGUAUUUUCAAAAAGUUCGAAUAGGUUUUCAACACAGGGGAUUGUGCUUUAAUCGGUUAUCUCAUAAUAAACAAAAACUACCAUACCAAUGCAAUAUCGCCCUUGCCCAAUGAUAUCUGAUGGUGAUGCCUUCCCUUGUUGAGCACAGAAUCUCUCCAUGGGUAGGAGCUCUCAUAGCAAAUGAUAGACAC